AUGUCUGCCCUGAGAUUCAGUUGCACAAUAUGUAGCAUCAGUGUUUUGGCGGAUGAAGGUAAGGUAGGGCUGCUCGUGGAGGGGCACCGCUUGCGACUUGUUGAGCUAGGUGGGGUAUCCGAAUCUUGUCGAGCUCCCCCCUGGCUCGAUUUGAGCUCUGGCCACAUCAAAGGGGGGGGCCGCCUUCAACCCUCCCCCUCGUCACCCUCCUCCGCCUCCACGCCGCCUACAUGUUGUCCGCUACCCACUUCUGUAGGCGAAGGAAAUAACGCAGUCACAGUGGAGGACGCUGGCCUCGCCAAAGGCCGAGCUGCCAGUCAAAUAAAACAGGCAAAAAUGGCACGUUGUGGUGCGGAGAUCCCGGAAUAG